AUCUUUUUGUGUUUUUAAUAACAUUUUAACUAAUAUUGAUACAUUUAAGUACUUAUCGUGCUUGUGAAAAGUUUGAAACAUGUAUAUAUAAAAUUGUAUAGAGUUAAACCGAGAAAUGUUAUUGAUUGAUUCGUGAUACCAAUCUAAAAUUCAGUGAGAAUGAAGCUGCCGGGGCCUAGCAGCAGCGUGGUGUGCCUCGCCGCGCUCCUGUCUUAUAUAUCAGUCGCUCAAGCCAUCGACUGUUUCAAAUGCGUCUCCAUGAACGGGAAGUUCGCAGCGUGCGAUGACCCCUUCCAUAAUAACCACUCUCUACAAAUGCUAGAGUCACCCUGUAUGGGGGGGAGAAAAGGAAGGGAUGGGCUGUUUCCGGCUACAUCCUGUAUAAAGAUCGCUGGAGUUUUCGACGACACAGGCGAGAGCAUAACGGUCCGGGGCUGCGGUCUCGACUCCGGAACCGUCACCACAGACACUGAAAUCAUCCGCAUGUCCCACUGCGGGCGCUUCUACUACAACGACAGAUACGUGCACGGCUGCCUGCAGAGCUGCAACGACGCUGACGCUUGUAACGGCGCGCCUCGCACACACGUCGGUCUUGCCCCACUAAUAUAUACUAUCAUCUUUCUGUUCUUACAGAGCUAACAUAGGAAAUAAUAUAGCAGGGAGGAAUGUUUCAUUUUAAUUCCAGUACGCAAUACAUAAAUAUCUCUAACAAAGCUUGCGCAUCACGUCGGAAUUGCCUCACUAAUAUACACCAACUGAUUUCUGUUCGUACAGAGCUAAUAUUGACGGGCUGUAAUGGAAGAAUUAUUUAUUUUUAUUUAUAAAUUUACAACGACGCAGUCCUAUCACGUCGGUCUUGUCCCACUAUUAUACACUAUAUUUCUGCCGGUACCAGUGGCGGCUGGUGAAAAUUUCUGCUAGGCAACACCAAAGCAAAAAGAAACCUACCUUAACAUUAGAUACUUUACUAGUACUCAAUUUUAGGCAAGCCGGUGGGAAUCGGCUUGUAUGGACCAGCCGCUGCUGGCCGGUACAGAGCUAAUAGAGACAGGGCAUAGGACCCUUUUCUUUUUAUCUAUAUUUUAUAGUAUUUCAACAACGCAGGCGUAGCCUGUCGGAAUUAACCCACUAUGUUGCUAUUGUUAAAGAGCUAUUAUUGUGGGCUAUUAGACAGGGAAAAAUUGUCUUACUUAAUAUCCAGGAUCACUGCCCGUCUCACGUAUGUCGCUCUUGCCUCGAUAUAUGGUUAAGUUUUUUAAAGAUCGAACGGAAGGGAAGCCGGGUUAAGGGGAGAAGAGUAUUUCUUUAGCAGUAUCUACUGCAAGAAUUAGAAUAGAUAUUGAUGGAAAGAUUGUGCUACACAGAAGCAUUCUUAAGUACCUACAUAUUUACUUAGGUCCGAGACAUUUAUGCCUACAAGUAAUUCAGGCCUAUGUGAAUAAUGGUACAAUUUUUUUCAUCUACAUUAAAACUAUUUGAAUACCAAAUAUGGGCCUCAAGUAUUAGGUGCAAUAUGUAAAUUAAUCAAUUCUUAUUUAGGUUUGACCCUUAUCU